AUGCACAUUGAUGUGGCCUCCAACGGCAGUCUGACUUUACCUCCAAAAAGUUGGAGGGGAGAGAUUAUGAAGCAUACGCGUAAAUUCGCCGCGGGGAGUGCCUUCGUGAAAGCUGAAGUUAAGCGCCGUCUGACUAGUUCGCUCUCUGCGUCUCCUGCAAAAGUAAGUCUUAUGAAUACCUCUUUCUUGUCCGCAGUCUCAACAGUGGGUUAGCGGCGCAUUCCUCAAUAUUUCGGAGAAUAAAUCUAUUUGGGUAUCCGUCUUCCCAAAGCAUGUUCUGCAGCUGUUGGAGUUCUUAUUCAACGGCUUCAGGUGAGCAGAUGCGUCUCACUCUAUCCGCCAAUCCCUUGACUAAAUUUCGUUUGAUGUUUAGGGGAACAAAACUGUGGACAUUAACGUAUUGUCCCGUCCAUGUUUUCUUUCGGAACACCCUGCGCUGGAUAGACCCAUCCUCUUGCCUGUGCAGAAGGACAUCGAGAAAGGCAAAUUCAUUAUCUGCCUCGACCUCUGCGGUGAACUAUAACGAGGGGUGCGAACUGUUGAACUUUUGGACAAGCACCUCGGUAUCGGUGGUACCAUCCGCCACGCAGAAGAUAUCGUCCACGUACCGACCGUAAAAAACGAGGCCAUUAAUGGUCUCUUGCAAUCAUGGUUUCUCGAUUUGCUCAAAAAAACGUUUGCAAGGCUCCGUUCAAGCGGUGAUCCCAUUGCCACACCAUCUACCUGCCUGUAUAGGUGACCACUGCACAGAAACCAAUCACAGUGGUGGGUACUCCGUGUACUCGAUCCACGAACAUCACUCAAAGACUCUCUUACCCCCUCCCCUAGCUCUAAGGAUCAAAACCCGCCGACCUCGUCAUGCGGGCGGCGUGGGGAAGAUGAGUGUUACUGAGUUACUAGCCCUUGAGCCACCUAUAACCACUGUUAAUUGUGCAUAUUUUCUUUCCUUCAUGUAACUGUAUUGGGCUGACGAAGAAUUACCGAAAACACGUGUUUGCCAACUUGACUUUCCAAGUGUAACAUGGGAAUAUUUACGGAACUUAGAAAAACCAUAUGUGCAGCCUUAAUUGACUAGGACAGGCGUGAUAGGACCUGCCACGAAUCCUGUUACAUCUUGUUAUUUGGGUACCCGGGAGAAAAAACUGGCGGAUGAGGUAUUACACAGACCGUGAGGGAAAAGCCUGACGUUGUAAUUAAAGGGCUCCUUAAGGAGAAAAUUACACGGGAAAUGUAUGCUGCCAUGACCGCUGCAGACGGUCCGGCAAAACAAACUGGAAACUGACAACUUGAAGCAUCCUCUACUGAACAUUAAUGUCAUUUGUAGGCUUAGAUUUUGGGACAGACAAGUGACCCGUUUUCGAUCAGAUAUCGAAAAUGCUAAUACAGGGACCUACACCCAAGCAGGUGAAAUUAAGGGAAUGUGUCAUACUAAGUCACAAUUAAUGAAGGAAAAUUGUGUCGCGAUUGUAAAUAGAAUAGUAGCAUAUCCGGCGCCUAAACAGUCCAUUGGGCUAAUUUUUUUGGACGGCGCACACCUGUAAUGCUGGAGGGCGCACUUCACGGACCAGCCCAUUGCUUGGAUGAAACAUGCUAAUUCCGCCUGCCUUGAGGAUCCAGGCUGGAGUCCAAACAGCAUCCUCCACGUCUGUUUUAGUCUAAAUUUAGUAGACAUGCUGCAUAGGCAUUUUCUUUAUAAGUCUAUCUAGCCAACUAACUGUACGGCUAGGAGGCUAUACGCAGUCUAGCACCUUCAGAUAUUAGUGUGAUUUCCCCCCCACCCCCCCCCCCUUCCCAAAACAAUGUAGAAACAGCUCGACAAUUUUAGGACCUAAAUUUUUAAAGCAGGCAUAAACAGCAGAAUUUACCGGAACCAGUAAAGUUCGCGACGGCUUAUCAACUGCAGCCUGUCUCUGCAUAACGCAGAUACCAAGUGAGAAAGGUACAGAAGUUUGGACUCUCGCAGAGAAAAUCAAUGUAAAACAACAAGGUCGUUGUAUACUGCACGUGAACUAAUCAAUAAAAUGGUAACUUCAAAACGCAGACAUAGGAAAAAAAAUAGGGAAGUUAACACGCCGAGGGAUUUCGUAAAUCAAAAGGGCUCAGAUCUACCAGGGCAAGCUGAGGUUGGCCACGUGGUCUAACCGUUUACAUAGGUCGGGUUUCUCCCGCCGUAUGUCGGCUGCCUCCAGGUAGCGCAGUAACCGAGUUGUUCGCGCUCGAACUAAUACUCGAAAAGAUGUUUUGGGGUCAACCGAAUGACCGAUACCAAGGAGGUGCUUUGUGAUAGAAGACCGUGGAAUUUUAUUCUCCAGCUUUAGAAGCCAUUUAGGCAGGUGCUGAACUGUUCUGGCUGCCAGUUGCCUUUGCGUUCGCCCAAUGUAGCUGCAUCCAAAAGUGCGUGUAAAUUCGUAAACACAAUUUGUCGUGGCGGGAAAUGGCAAGGCAUCCUUCGCCCGUGGAACUUGGAUAGCCUUAGUAGGGCUGCAGAAUAUGAGUUCAGCUGAGUUGUAGGCUUUUUCAAUGGCGCAUCUCAAUCGCCGCUUGAUGGUAUUUGAGAUGUUGUCGCCCUUAAAGUGUAAGGAUAUUACAAAGGGAUUUUUCAGAACUGAUUGCCCCGUCAAUUUUGGCCGUAAAUUGUUGCUAUACUUUUUUAUGAAUCGUGUUGGAUAUCCCCGUUUAAGCAGGGCUGUUUUGAGGCAAGAAAUUUCAUCAUCCAGCUUCGACUUAAAUUUUGUUACAAACGGAGAGCAGAUUAAGUUGUUCACUUUGCACCUGACAAACCGUCCGACUUCAUUGUCGAGGUGGAACUCUGACUCUAAACAGUCCAGCUGAUGAGUGCUCGCAAAAACAGUAAACAGAGAGAGCGAGGCCGACACAGGAAUUCAUCCUCAUGGCACACCAACGCACUCCUUGCUAUUGUAGUGACAUUUAAGUCCGUUUUGUUUGAAUCAGUGACAAUACGCUUUCUAUAGAAUCUGACACAACUUUGACUGAGACAUUGAACAUGCACGCGCUUGUUCUAUGUCCCAAUCAAAGUUGUGUCAAGUUCUUUAAAAGGUGUAUUGUCACGGAUAAAAGCAAAACAGAUUUAAAUUGCACAAAAUUACUCCCUCUCCUAGGAGAACAGAGCUAAAAAAACUAUUAUUGAUAGAAGGAGAAGGUGGGAAUGUUAUGCAUAUUGUACAAGUUGUAACGGUUGGGAAAACAGUCAUGACUCAUCUUCGAGCCACCCCUCCAGGUGCUCCAACAAGUAAGUCGUUCAUCGACCCGAACUUACUAACAUGUUCUUUUGUAUUUGUCCGCGUAAACAGCGUUCGUUGGCCACUAAAACAACCCUACGACGGCCAAUUUCGAGUACUAUUUCGCACGGACAAGCAUUUUACAAUUGACCGUAGAGGCCGCACCCACGUGGUCUCAGUCGAUCGCUUGAAGGCGGCUCAUAUCGAGUCUCUUUCAAAUUCCCCAACCGAACAACCUCCACUCAACACAUUACAACUCGCUUUUUCUCAGACUCCACUUACGCCCAAUAACCCUGCGUCUUGCCUCAUCUCACAGACCCCUCCCCUUACGCGCAACAGUCGUCAUAUCCGUUUUCCCGACCGUUACAAACUUGUACAAUAUGCAUAACAUUUCCCCCUUUUCCUUCUAUUAGCAAUACAUUUUCGAACUCCGCUCUCCUAGGAGGGGGAGUAUUGUAGUGACAUUUAAGUCUGUUUUGUUUUAAUCAGUGACAAUACGCUUUUUAAAGAACAUGAAACAACUUUGUGUGAGAUAUAGACCAAAGCACGUGUACUUUUACCUGCUGACGACUUUGUUCUUAUUUACUAGUUUGCAACUGUUGGGAUACUGCUAUCUUCGUUUCCUGGAUAGCCUACUCACUGUGUCUAACUAAUGGGUUUAUCGCUUACACUAUCAUCACUAUGCCGCGCUUGAAUCUAUCAUGACUGGUUAAGUGCCGUAACUUGGAAGGCUGCCCGCUAACAUGAUAACUCGCUUCUUCUCGUGAGUAUGGCUUCCAUGUCCACUCACAUACGUGAGAUUCAAUUCGUCCUUUCUAUAGCGUGGUGCAUCUGGCCAUGCCGAGGUCGACGCUUGUCAGCUGGUGUGCUUGCGCCCAUCCUCUUUAGUCGUUUUAAGGUGUCUUGCCAUCGAAACGAGCUGGGUGAUGGAGCAAAGAAUGUGGGAGGUAGUGUGCAAGUCGGCUUAAUUAAAAAUAACAUCGCGCGCAAGUCACCGGUGUUGCGCCGGCUUCGUCGGGUGUCCAAGCGGUAGAUGCGCUGGGCCAAACCAGGGCUUAGAUCGGGGGCCGGCAGCCGUUAUCGGGUAUGCACACCCGCAACAAAGGCCAACAUUAAGGGUUUGGCAGCACGCCCAGGUGCAGGUCCACGCCGCGCUCAUUCGGAUACGUGUCACCCGCCUGUCUUUCUAGCGGUGCAAAUUCCUAGUUACUGUAGACCAAGGGGGGUGUGGUGAUACGUCUGGGUGCAGGCUCGGCCGCGCCGGCCACCUACCCCCUCUCUCACCACCGGUCUUCCUGGCUCUUUCUUGGCAUCGGGCCCAGGGGGGGGGGGAGAGGAAGGGAAUGCGGUAUAUAUAUAUAUAUGGGCGUCAUACGCUUAUUAUUACCAGACGUUGGGAGAAAUUCUCACAGAGACAGGCGACGACAUCCGAGCAACUGACUUUCCUUCACCGCUGUCGCGAUCAUGGCAUCUUACCGAAGUCCCUCCGCUUCAAGCCCACUCUACCAAAUGAGACAGGAAGGCCACUCGCACGCAAAUACGGAUUCCGUGUUUUGAGUGCCAUUAUAUUAGACGUGCACCACCGACUUUCUAGAUUUGAGACAAUAAUCUCCGACCUUAAGAACCAGUGCUUCUCAUCCUUACCUGAAGAUAUCUUCGAAGCCAUACUACAACGUAUAAAUGCGACCUCAACAGAUGCCAGAAUGAAGAAGCGAGCCGAGUUGAAUGAUAAACUGCAAUCCCUUCUCUGUCCUACCGACAAGUGCAGCAUGUCUGCGAGAGUCGUUAACCUUUCGAAAAGGAGUCUAACACCCGCCGAGAUAAGCCUACUGUCUAAAGGACUUAAAUUCAAUCAUAGCGAUGCAGCACCAACAAACUUCCUAGCGAGUCUUGAAUCCGUCCUACUGGCUUCUGCUAUCCCUGAAGACGUGCGUGCGGACAUACGCAGUUGUGCCAGUGAUCUUCUUCGACAAAGGAAACGUCACCGUAACUUGACCAUCGAUGAAGAAAAAGGGUUGCGAUCUCUGAAGACUGAUGACAGUAUCGUGGUUGUACCUGCUGACAAAGGAGGCGCAACCGUCAUCAUGGACAAGGCUGAUUAUGUUCGAAAAGCAAACACUAUCUUUAAUGACAGGGAAGCUUACGCAUCACUCGCUGAGGACCCGACGAAGAAGCAGGCCGCGGUUAUAAAGAAGAAGGUGAAUGAACUCGCUUGA